UUGGAAGAGGUGGUGAAACAAAACAAUAACACAACAAAACACCUACCACUUUUUUGUUUCAAUAAAAACUCCCCGUGCUUUCUCAAUGAUAUUUAUAUUUGUGGGCUUUUCUAUUUUAGGAUUAAAGUAAUUAAUUUGAUUUACAAAUUUUAAUUAUUUCGUAAUGCACUGUUUAUAAGCAAGAGACGAAAAGAAGAGUUAAGAAAUUUCAUUUUCACUGCUCUAUAAAAAUGGCAUCGGGAAGGAAAAAUAAACUAAAUCUUGGAUUAAUUAUUAACCCAGCACAACCUUCACUUGAUCCUGUCCAAGAAAACAGUGUAUCCGAGCCAUCAUCUUACAAAAAGGAUCCAAUCGAUGAAUUAAAAUUGGGUGAUUUGAGCUUAGAAAAUCUUAGCCAAGACCAAAAAUCUAGGCUAGAAGAAUUUUUGCGAGACAAACACAAAAUUAAAGGUGAACUUCGUGAUGAAGAUUUUGAAAGAAUUCUUGAGCUUGGAGCUGGAAAUGGCGGUGUUGUGUUACAAGUGAAUCAUAAACCAACCAAUUUGGUGAUGGCUAGAAAGUUAAUACGCCUUGAAAUCAAGCCAGCUAUUAGAAAUCAAAUUAUGCGAGAAUUGAAAGUUCUUCAUGAAUGCAAUUGCCCAUAUAUUGUUGGUUUUUAUGGUGCAUUUUAUAAUGAUGGUGAAAUUUCGAUUUGUAUGGAAUACAUGGAUGGUGGUUCACUAGACUUAAUCUUAAAAAAGGCUCAAAGAGCACCAGAAAAUAUACUAGGAGUUAUUACUUAUUCAGUAUUAAAAGGUUUGUCAUACUUACGGGAAAAGCAUUCAAUAAUACACAGAGAUGUAAAACCAUCCAAUAUAUUAAUAAACUCUCGAGGUGAGAUCAAAUUGUGUGAUUUUGGUGUAAGUGGGCAACUAAUAGAUUCAAUGGCAAACUCGUUUGUGGGAACGAGGUCAUACAUGUCGCCUGAACGUCUACAAGGAACACAUUAUUCAGUCCGUUCUGAUCUGUGGAGUCUUGGACUCAGUCUUGUUGAAUUAGCAUUAGGAAGAUACCCGAUUCCUUGUUUGACAACAGAAGAUUUAAUAAAGAUAUUUGUGGAUCCAUCUUCACAAGGAGUUGUAUUACCUCCAGGUGCUAAACCUCCAGCAGGGUCUGCUGAAGUGAAAUCACUAGCUAUCUUUGAAUUACUUGAUUAUAUUGUAAAUGAGGAACCACCAAAACUACCAAGUCAAUAUUUCUCUACUGAAUUUUGUGAUUUUAUAAAUCAAUGUUUAAAGAAGAACCCAAAUGACCGAGCUGACUUAAAAGAAUUAUUGGUGCAUCCAUGGAUCAAACGAGCUGAAGCAGACAAAAAUAGUAUAGAUUUAGCAGGAUGGGUCACACGUAUUAUGGGUAUUGAUGUUCAAACUAAUGUUUGAAUUUUCAUGAGAUUGAUGUUUAAUAAAGCCAUCACAGUUAUUGUAGUGGUGGAAGUAUCGAUGAUGCUUCGAAUGGACAAAUUAUUUCGUAGGAUUAUGAAACCAGUCCUAACCUAGAUAUACUGGACAAUUAUUUUUUCUUCCAUUUUUACGACUAUUUAUUUAUGCCAACCCAUUUGUAUUUUUAUGUUUUUUUAGUUUGACUGUUUCCAAUAUCUGCAAUUUGCACGCUUUGUUUUUACUGCAUUUUCUUCUAAAGAAAAACGUAAACAAUUUGACUUCAAACGUGAUAUAUUUCCAUAUACAUUGUGCAUAUAUAUUUCUUGUGGGUUCAAAAACGUUUGUUUUUGUCUUUAUAACGUUGCCAAGGAAGUAGUUUGAAAAUUCUUCUGUUCUUGGUUUUGUUUUCAAGUUACAUGUUUCGAAAAUUAUGAUUUUAUUGAUUUUUCUAAUUAUCUGUUUUUAAAUAAUGAAUGAUUUAUGAUCUUUUUUUUUUUGGCUGAAAAAUUUCUUUCAUGUGUAUGAUGAUCCAUUGAUUUUUGAUUUUUUUAAGAAAUUUUUCAUUUUCUUAUGUGUAUUUUUAUAUGUGAAUGCUGUCAAAAUUACCCUACGCUGGAAGCAGUUUUGAAGUAUCAAUUUUUGAGUCCUUACUAAACUUCUUACUGUUCUUUUAUACCGUGUUAUUUUAAACUAUGAUUUUAAAACUUCCUACCACCUAUAGUCUUUUAGAUACCUAAAAUAUGUUAAAACCCAACAUUCGCUAAGAAACUUCUUAAAACAAUGCUUUAUUUUUUUAUUUCUUUUGUUCUGUUGUUAAAAUGAGGAAGAGUUACGUAUCUAAAUGUAUUCAUAGAUGCAUAAGUUUAUUAUAACCACACAAUCUUUCUUAUUUUUCAACUUUUAUAUGUUGUAUUACAUUGACACUAAGCCUUAUGACAUGCAUUCAUAUCAGAAUUGUAUUUUUGACAUAAAUACUAAACAUUAUUAUGGUCAGAAAGUUUUUUUCUAUUUCAAUCUACUUGCAUCAGGCAUUUAUUUUUUACAAAAUUGGCUACGAUAUUUAUGCUUUAAUAUCUAAAUUAGUUGAUUUGUGUAUGUUCAGAAAUCCAAGAGUGCUAAAUGAUGUUUCUACUGGCUUAGUCAAAAUUGUCUGUGUUUGAUUAAGUACUGUAUCCGAUGUUUAUAUAGAAAGAAUCUGGCUCCACUGCUAUUCUCUUUCUUGUUAGCUACGGUGCAUUGCUGUAAUAUUUACUGAGUUUUUAUUUGUAUCUGCUUGUAAACUA